AUAAAAAAAUGGCAAGCUUGGAAAAAAAUAUUGUCAUUAAUGUAGCGGGAAUUCAGGAUGUCAAGCGUAUGGAGGAUCUCUAUAUGGCCAAGGAUACAUGGCACUUUGGGUUCAAGGAUGCGCUGCCGCUUCAGAUAUUGUUCUGUAAAAGUCAUGCGUAUCGCUUGCUCGUUUACGACAAUCAGGAGUUCCACAAACUACUGGCCUUCGGCACGUUCUGCAAUCACCCAGAUGUCCCAGUGCUGACCAACGAUAUGUGGCUGCACUGGCUCAACAGUCGCUUUUGCCUAGACUUUUAUAUCUCGCUGGUUAACACGAUAUUCUUCAACUUCUUUAUCUGCAAAGAGAACCAGCCCUUGAUCACCAAGAUGAUUAUCAUGGAGAUUUUCUACAACGAGCACAGGGUUAACUAUAUGAUUGUGGUCAAGCCACCGGGACUUUCAUCUGUGGCAUACGAGGCAGUUGAAGCGUUCGGUAAAUGCUACUAUCCCGAGAGCUCGACUGUCACUGAGAUGGCAUCUGCGCCCUCGAUCAUCGUGAUCCAACGACGGGACAUCAUGCCAGUACUGACCUUUCGCAAGGCCCUACCGGAGGAUAACGACGACAUUGUGGAGAUGAUUGAUUCCGAGGAUCCUCAUCCAAGAAAAGAGUACGGGGAUUUCUACAUAGCCGAGCACCUAUUGGCUAUGGAGGGAUCAAAGGAGGGAGCCAAGGGCACUGAAAAGAUUAUUAUUGCUGAGUUUGAGGAAGAGAUCACUGAGGGCGUCAAGGGAGCGGGUCUUAUGUGGUUGUCGGAUUAUGUAGACGUGGAGCAGCUGGCCACGAGCUUUCACUUGGAGCGAUUGGGUAAUCUGGCCAAGUAUACGCCGGGUCUCAAGCAUGCCCGUUUUGAAUACAAUGUUGUUUCUGCAGAGCAUAGGUCAUUGAAGAACCUGUACACAACAUCGCAAAUGGAAGAAAUGUUUCAAAUACUGGCCGAAUCCGCGUUGCAUAUAAAUGAAAAGGACAUUGCUUCAAAGAAGUUGCUCUUCGCCAAGUUCAAACACAUCUACGAGGAACUCCGAAGUGCAAGGUACUAUUACUAUGCCUACAAGGAUAAACUGACAAUCACCUUCGACUUGCCAGAGGGUGAAAAAGCGCAUAACCCCAAUCGGUCCCAGGUUUUGGCCCAGGCGUCCAAUGCCUUCCUGCUCAAGAUGUUCCAGUUGCAUCCUUUGGUGCGGCCCGAGUAUACCUUCUUUGCGCUGUCGGCUGUAUUCAGUGCCUUCCCAGAUCUCGAUUACUGCGUGACAACGGUGCCGACCAUAAUGACCAUGAGUCCUUGUCAGCAGGAAUUGCUGCGGUUUUUUCUGCCCAUUUACUUACGGCCAAAUUGCACAGUCGAAGAGAACGUAUUCGUUGCCAAUCGCAGCACCUUGUUUGGCGAAAUCCGCGUAUUCCGUAUGGAGAGGCACGAGGUCGAUGAUAUUAGAAACAUCAUCUCCGCGCAAUCCUCCAGCAGGUAUUCCCACAUGCCUGAUAAUGAGGAGGACACAAACGGUGGGGACAACUACAUAGAUGAGGUUCUUCAUCUUUUUAAUCAAAUCUUCGAGGAUAUGUUUGAUAAUACCGACAGUGAAUUCAGCUGCUUCACCGUUCGCUGUGGUAAAUCCAAAUGGCUUGCGGAAUGUCCAAUUGUGGGGUUCAUUAUAUUGAGACCCUUUCUGGGCUAUAAGGAAUUGUGCAGGCUAUUUAUGCUGCCUCGGGAUCAGUUCAAUUUAACCAACAACCGGGGAGAGGUCCUCAUCUUCAAGCUACAUCCCUUCUUCCAGAUGUGGAGCAGUACCAUCUUUCGGACGGUGGCCUUGUACGAUGAUUACCAGGAACUUUACUACAUCAAUUACUUUAUGGGUAUUUCUUUGCCCAAUGACCUCACGUCCAACAUGAUGCCCUUGGAGCCGCGACGCAUGAAAAAGAACCAUUUCCAAAAAGCCAUCUUUCGGAGGCGCUCCUCCAACAUGGUCAACCUGCAUGGCGCGGAAAAGACCACCAGUCGACUACGUGCCUUCUGUUACAAUCUGAUGCCUACCAAGCAUCUGGGGACUCAGCAGUCCCUGUUGAUCAUAGGUUUCUCUGAGAUUGCUCGUGCCUUCCUGCGCAUUAUUAUCUUUUCCUGGAACACUAAAGAUUUAGACAAGUUCAGAAAGUUUAACUGCCUGCCCAAGAUGGAUCUCACGAUAGUGGUGCCGCAGGGAGUUGUGGAGGCAGCCUACGACUGCGAAUUCAGGUGCGCUUACUGCCACAAUGGCAGAAACUGUUAUGUAAAUACCGGCAACGAUCAUCCCUAUGUAAGGGAUACUACGCAACGGUUGGACAUAAGGCACUGGGUCCGCUUUGUCCCCGGAACACUGAAGAAAAUAGAUAGAGAAAAGCAAAUUGUAGAUCUGGUGGACGGAUGCAGACUUCACUACGAGACACUCGUCAUAAUGGAUGACACAAAGUUUGGCUUUGAGGAUAGCGAGUUCAACGGUCGUCAGCCACCGGCGAACUAUGUGGCGAACAAUUAUCGACUGGACCGGAUUAUCUUUUACCACAAGCUACGAGAGUUGGUUCAAUGGGGGGAACCCUUCAACGUUAUAGUGUACGGCUAUGGAAUAGCUGCCUAUGAGUGCCUACACUUUAUGGUGACCCACGGCUGCAUGGCCAAGCAUAUUACGUACGUGCAGCCCCACAUGUCGACAGCGCCCGAGGAGCAGGGUAAUCCCUGUGCCGAUAACACACUAGAUCCUAUCAUACUGGAAAUGGUUGCUGAUCUGGGUAUCACGACUUAUGUAUCGACCAACUACUCUAGGUUUUACUUUAACGAAAAAGACUACUCCAUCGAGCGCGUGGAGUUUAUAACGAUUCCUCGUAAAAACAAAAUUUUGCUGGACUGCACUCUGUUCGUCAACUAUAAUUCUAAUUUCAUGUCCUCGUCGUUGGAAAAAAUUCUUGCCGAUGCGAACCUUGAAAUGUGGCACAGGAAUAUUGUGGUCAAUACACGUUUCUGUACGGUUGAUCCCGACAUCUAUGCGGCGGGCAAAAAUAUAGUCAUAGACCCCUUGCCCAACUAUCAGUUCAAACACACCAAUCCACAGGAAUGCGCCGAGAAGGUGGCCUUUGAGCUGGGCAUGCUGAAGAUAGUGAUGCAGCCGCGCUUUAUAAGGCCCUACAUGUUCACGGGCAUGCUGCCCAUGGGUUAUCACAUCGUCAAGGUCAUUCAACCCAAACCACUGCUCAUUGGCCAACUUCCGGCGGAUUUUACCGAAAAUAUGACAACCUACGAGGAUGGAGACUUUGUGCGUAUUCGACUCAACUUAAAGAGGAUUGUCACGGAGAUUGUGUGCGUCACCAAGAAGGAGAAGAGACUUUACUUCCUGGAAUACUUUUGCGGCAAGCACGCCAAGCUGCUUAACGACAUACGCGGUCGCUACAAGUCGGGCUGGAUUACCAAUUUUCUUCAAUUCUUCCAGCAGCCCUGGACGGAGCUGAUAAUGCACGAAAGAUUCGAGGAUUUGCAGCUGAAGAACCGACGAGUCCUGCUAUCCAUGCUGCUCAUGAGCAACAAGAUUACGGAUACUGUGUCCGGUGUCGAUAUGGCGCAAAGAAAGAAGCUAGAGGAGAAUGUAAUUGAAUUUGUUCGAACCUAUCGCGAAGAUUUCAACCAUGAAUUCGCUCUGCCCGAAGAUGUGGAUUCUGAGAAAAAUUUCGAAAUAUUUUUCGCAGUAGAUCAGUGAACUUUUGUUGUCCCAACCCUUAAGUUAUGUGAACUUUUAUGAAUUAGGCUUAGGUAUCCUAAGUUCUUACCUAUAUAAUGACCCUAUAUUCCUACGCCCACUUAGUUUUUUACCAAAUUAAAUAAAUGGGAUUAUGUUUAACGCAGCUAUGUAUUUAAGUGUGUGUAUUGCAUACAAGGCUAAAUAACUAAACCAAUUAAUUCAUUGCAAGUUUA